AUGUCCGAGUUGAAACAAAUCCUCGUCAUCGGCGGCACCGGUGCCCAGGGAAGACCAGUCGUCAAGGCUCUUGCCGAAACCAGGCGAUACAGCGUCAGGGUCCUCACCCGUAAUGUCGACAACGCCCGCGCAAAGGAGCUUGCCGCUCUGCCCAACGUCACCCUUAUCCAGGGUAAACAAGACAGCCAGCAGGAUCUCCACCGGGCGUUCAAGGGUGUCUACGGCGCAUGGGUGAACACGGACGGCUUCACGCUGGGCCAGAAGAGUGAGCUCUUCUAUGGUAUCCGCGCGUAUGAGAUUGCCAGGCACGAAGGGGUUCAGCAUUACGUCUGGGCUGGCACCGAUUAUGCGCUAAAGAAGUCGGGAUGGAACGAGAAGUACCAUUGGGGUCACAACGAUUCUAAAGGAAGAGUCACGGAUUUCAUCUUGGCCCAAGGCCAGGACGGCAUGAAGAGCUCCGUUCUCACGACAGGUCCCUACAUGGACAUGCUCUUGGAUGGAAUGUUUCCGCCGACAGAGCAACCGGAUGGUUCUUUUCUCUGGGUUAACCCUGCCAAGGAUGGCAAAAUCCCGCUUAUCGCUCUCGAAGACGUCGGCAUCUACAGUCUCUGGCUCUUUGACAACCUCAAUGAGUCCGCGGGUCUGAACCUGGAAGUGACGACCGACGAAGUCAGCUUCGCUGACAUUGCGAGAAUCUUCACUGAGGUGACAGGAAAGAAGGGUAUCCACAAGAGCGUGCCGUUUGAGGAGUAUGCGCCGCUCGCGGAGCCGUACCCGGGUGCCUAUGUAAACUUUUCCGUCGGCCCGGAGGUUGCUCGGGACGAGUCGGAUAUGACCUGGAGACAGAACUUUGGGGCGUGGUGGCGGUUCUGGGGAGAGGGCAUCGUCAAUAAGAGGGACUUGGAGUUGUUGGAUCGAAUUCAUCCUGGUCGGAUUCGGAGCCUGGCUGAGUGGAUGCGAAAGACUGGGUAUGAUGGAAGCCCUAGGCCCGUUCUUAAGGGGGUUGAGGAUUGGAGGAGCAAGCUGCAAGCAGGGAUCUAA